AAAACACUCAAACAUCCACCACAAACACCACAGAACACCGGAAAGUAGGCUGGAACACGAGAGGGAAGCAAGUGACUCCAGGCAACUCGGUACGGUACAACAAGUUUCCCUGCAGAGUACGAUAACCAACCUGACCUGGGAGGAAAAACGGUACCACACCCGCUGAUGACCGUGAGACUAAACCUUGCUAUCGGUGACUGCAGAGCGCUUGUAUCCUUCUCUCCCUUUUAACACCGGGAGAAGAGAAAAGUCGAUCGCAGAGUGGAUAGGGACGGGAAAAAAAAGCUCAAAUAGUACCAGGAAAGCUUAAAAGAAGGAAGAGAGGGAAGAGAAAAGAGGGGAAAAAGACUGCCAGCCUCGUUCCUCAAUAGUGGUCCUCGCGGUUUUCAAGGAGACUGCACAAGAGGGUUUUAUCUCCAGCCUCUCCACUGCCGCUGAAGAUCCUCCUCCACUCCACCUCCACCUCCUUCUCCUCCUCCUCCUCCUCCACCUCCUUCUUUCAUAAACCAUGACAUGAUAUUCUGAUAAGAUGUCAGAUGUUGACGUAUAAGCUGCUGGGAUAAGUGUCUAUAUUUUUUUAUCUUUAUUUUUACGCCUUCCUGACCUUCAAGACACCGACAAACAUGAUACUCAGGAGCUGCACACGGUCCGCCAUCUGCCUCCUGCUGAUGGUCACCACAGUUCAAGGGGUCUGGGGCCUCUUCUGCUACAGUCACAUCCCGGACAAGGAAGGCUCCAGCGGCUGGGUGUUCUGCCCCAGCACCUCCUGCUACACCGUGGGAAUGAGCAUAUUGGGCAUGGGCAACUCAAAGCGGGGGUGCGCCGACAAGACCUACGAGGAGGGCUGCAUGAAGGCCAAGGCCAUCAUUGCUUCCGGCGAGGUGUGCUUCUGUAACAGCUUCCUGUGCAACUACUCCAGCGCCGGCACCAAGUCCCUCUACCUGCCGCUGCUCAUACUGCCCUACGUGAUUCACAAGUUCCUGUAGAAGAUGGAACACUUGUGUCUUCGCCGGGCACUCACUCAUUCACUCAAUCACUCACUUACUCAAUCAAGUUUCGCCUCAAUCGUAGUGUUUUCCUCCUGAUUUCAUGACCACUUGAUGCUUUCAUGUUUACUUUUAUCAUCUGUUAUGUUUGCCGCGUAACAGACGACCGUCAAUCAAUCAAACAUUCAUCUCUCCUUUAAGCAACCCCUUUGAUAAGCGUGUUCCAAAGGUUAGUUCCACCGGGAAAUCAAAAUAUUAUUCACUUUACUCUCAUCGUUUGGUCUGUGUAUGAAAGGCAUGAUCGGAACUAUUUCUUGCAUCCUAAUUUCUGAGUUAUGUUCUUCCCCCGAGCGUUACACGAUGAGGCGUUUCGUGAGUUUUGGUUCCGAGACGAAAUGUUGCAAGCCAGCAUGUCACUCGCCGCCGCGCCUGAGGGACACGGCUGGUGGUGCCAUCUCGUGCCACCCUCCGUUACUACUCCCCUUAUAAGCUUACCAGUUUGCUGAAAUAUACGAUAACAAAACAUCAUUAAAAGAGAAAGAAAACAAUUACUCCGGAAGAACAUUUGUGGUUUGCAGGUACACUCGCGGUACACUUACGGCGGUACACUAACUCUUGAUAUCUUCAGACGAACUGUACCAAAGGGAACCAUGUACAUACUAUUUUUUACUGCUACAUCUGAAGAAAUAAAAGAAUAUCAGUUACCGAGAUUGUAAAAAGCAAACCAUUUAGGUCCUCGAACACUCAAAAAUCCUCAGUACCACGAAGGAAAUACAAGGACUUCAACACUAAUAAUUGAGAAAAUCUAGAAGUUGAGAAAAAAAAGCAAAAUAACAACAAAAACCGGAGUCAGUCACGGAGACAAGCCUGAGUACGCUUAACACAAGCAUAAAUGGGAAAAAGAACUUAUAACCACGCAUUCCAAUCCUCUUCAGUCUCCAUUUGUCUCUCUAAAGUGUAAAUAUACUCGAGACAAUAAACAUUCUCUGCCGCGAACACAACACAUGUCUGGACGCGGCCCCAACUCCGAACAUCAUGAAAGACAGAAAAAACAAGGAAAAAGAAAAAUAUGAAGAUGAACUAUAUAAUGGUCAUGAGUGAGCGCACACACACACACACACACACACACACACACACACACACACACACACACACACACACACACACAC